UAGAAAAGCUUUUCCUUUCAACAGACACAAACACUGUAAGUUUAGAGAGAGAAAGAAAGAGAGAGAGAGAGAGAGACGUCGCGUCCUUUCCCUUCUGUCUUAAAUCACUUCCUCCCCGCAGCCCUCCUCCUCCUCUCUCUCUCCUCUUUUUCUCUCUCUACAUAUCUAUAUAUGCAUAUAUUUUCCUUCUUUCUUUAAUCACUUCCCUCCUCGGCCCCUUUCUCUCUCCUCUCUCUAUAUCCUUAUAUUUACACAAGCAAACAGAUAUAUACUUGUAAUUAACAUCGUCUUUGAUAUAAUCGGAGUUCGAGCGAUCGGAAUGGAGUCGCCGGAGACGGAGAGGAUGACCGGAAUCGCGAUGGAUUUUCCGGCGAGUGACUGCACGCCGUCGUCUUCGCCGAGGACGAUGCCUCGGAGGCUUCGUAGGAGGCUUUUAGAGAGCAAGUCGUCACCGUCUACUGUUGAAGAAAUCGAAGCCAAGCUUAGAGACGCCGAUCUUCGUAGACAGAAAUUCUAUGAGAAUUUGUCAAGCAAGGCUUGCCGGAAGCCGAGAAGCCCCUCACAUUCUUCCUCUCAUGAAGAAGACCUUGGUGAGAGGCUUGCUGCAAAGCUCCAAGCUGCCGAGCAAAAAAGGUUGAACACUCUGGCAAAGGCUCAAAUGCGCCUAGCUAAGUUGGAUGAACUGCGGCAAGCAGCAAAAACUGGGGUAGAAAUGCGCUUUAAGAAGGAACGUGCAGAGUUAGGUUCAAAAGUCGAAUCACGGGUUCAGCAGGCAGAGGCAAAUAGAAUGCUUAUGUUGAAGGCUCGCAGGCUACGGAGGGCCUCACUGAAGGAGAGGACAUCUCAGUCACUAUUACGAAGGAUGGCCAGAGAGAGCAAAUAUAAGGAGUGUGUGCGAGCUGCAAUUUACCAAAAACGGGCAGCUGCUGAGAAGAAGCGAUUAGGUUUGCUUGAAGAAGAGAAGAAGAGGGCACAUGCUAGGGUCUUGCAAGUGCAAAAGGUAGCGAAGUCUGUCUCUCACCAACGCGAGAUUGAGAGGAGGAGAAUGAAGGACAAAUUGGAAGACAGACUGCAAAAGGCAAGGAGACAGAGAGCAGAGUAUUUAAGGCAGAGAGGAAGGCUGCACAAUUCUGUUCGUCUUAACAGGAAUAAGAUGCACAAGCAGGCUGACCUUCUUUCCAGAAAAUUAGCAAGGUGCUGGAGGCGUUUCCUUAGACAUAGAAGAACUACCUUAGAUUUAACAAAAGCUUAUGAUGCUUUGAAUAUUAAUGAGAAAUACGUGAAGUCAACUCCUUUUGAGCAAUUUGCACUUCUGAUAGAAUCGACCACUACCCUUCAGACUGUGAAAGCUUUACUUGACCGACUUGAGAGCCGCUAUAAAUUAUCACGGGCUGUUGCUGCUACCAGUGGUCAUUCCAGUUGGGAUGACAUUAGUCACCUUCUCAAGCGAGUUGCUUCCCCAAAUAGGAGAUGUCCACCCAGGAGAUCCCCUAGGAGCAGAGAUGCAAAGAAACCAGCAUCCAUUGGAGAAGCAACCAAAAAUCUGGUUAAAUUACCAAGGUACCAAGUCAGGGUUGUGCUCUGUGCUUAUAUGAUAUUAGGUCAUCCAGAUGCAGUUUUCAGUGGUCAAGGAGAGCGCGAGAUUGCUCUUGCCAAGUCUGCUGAAAAUUUUGUUCGAGAAUUUGAGUUCCUGAUAAAGAUAAUAUUAGACGGGCCCAUACAGAGUUCUGGUGAAGAGUAUGACCCAGCAUUGGCAAAACGUUGGACUUUUAGAUCUCAGCUUGCAGCUUUUGAUGCAACAUGGUGCUCGUAUUUGAAUAGUUUUGUGAUGUGGAAGGUUAAGGAUGCCGAAUCAUUAGAGGAGGAUUUGGUGAGAGCCGCUUGCCAGCUUGAACUCUCUAUGAUUCAAAAAUGCAAGCUGACCCCAGAAGGAGAGAGUGGUGGUGCUCUCACUCAUGAUAUGAAGGCUAUUCAGAAACAGGUUAUGGAAGAUCAGAAACUCUUAAGAGAGAAAGUGCAACAUCUGAGUGGAGAUGCUGGGAUUGAACGUAUGGAAUAUGCUCUUUCUGAUACACGAAACAAAUACUUUCAAGCAAGGGAGAAUGGAAGUCCAGCAGGGUCUCCUAUCAAACACAUUGUAUCUCAAACCCUGUCUAAUUCCUCAGCUCAGCCUUCUUCUGUUGGCAGCUCAGAUGGAACAAGUGAUGUAAUUGAGGGUAAUGAGAGGCCAAGCCAUGUAGUUCGCUCCUUAUUUAGGGAUGUGGCAUCUCUCCCACCAAAAGAAGUUGGUUUGUCCUCCACUCCUAGUAGUAGUUUAGAGAGUCAGUUCAAUAAUUCUGGUGAGAAGUUGACCAUGGAAAAUGAGUUGGUUGUGAAUGAAAUUGUUCAUGAGCAGCGCCAUGAGUUUGCUGAUAGCUUCAAUGACACUGAAGACGACCAAAAUGGUAUCAAGGCAAAGAUAAGAGAGACAAUGGAGAAGGCUUUCUGGGAUGGCAUCACAGAAUCUAUGAAACAGGAUGAGCCCAACUAUGAUCGAGUUGUCGACCUAAUGAGAGAAGUGAGGGAUGAAAUAUGUGACAUGGCUCCUCAGAGCUGGAAACAAGAGAUUAUUGAUGCUAUUGAUCUGGACAUUCUCUCUCAGGUGCUGAAUUCGGGAAAGCUAGACAUGGAUUACCUUGGAAAGAUUCUGGAAUUUGCAUUGGUCACUUUGCAGAAGUUAUCCGCUCCAGCGAGUGAGGAUGAACUUAAGGCUGCUCACCAGAAAUUAUUGGAAGAACUUGCUGAGAUAUGUCAGGCUACAGAUGGAUCAAACUAUUCACAUGUUAUUGCGUUGCUCAAGGGUUUGCGCUUUCUCUUAGAGCAGAUACAGGAACUCAAGCAAGAGAUCAGCAAGGCUCGAAUAAGACUUAUGAAACCAUUUUUAAGGGGGCCUGCUGGUUUGGAUUACUUGAAGAAGGCAUUUUCCAUCCGUUAUGGACCUCCAUCUGAUGCCCUGAUUGCUCUACCAUUGACAAUGCAAUGGCUUUCAUCUGUGUGUGAGAGCAAAGAUCAGGAAUGGGUUGAACACACGAAUGCUCUCUCGGAGUUGACAAGGAUCCAAGAAAGUUCGUCUCAAAGACUUGUUCCUUCUACCACCCUUAGAACUGGCGGAAGCAUCUCAGUCAAAAUCAGUGGAAACCAAGAGGCUUCAUAUUCUUCGGCCUCGUUCGCUACGAACACUACAGGUGGUUCAGAUUAUCAAAAUCUUAAAUGCAAGGGGGAAAAGGUUGAUUUGAUGGUGAGGCUCGGGCUGUUAAAGUUAGUAAGUGGAGUAGCUGGCCUAACAGAAGAAGCUUUACCUGAAACUCUGAAGCUCAACCCCUCUAGGCUAAGGGGUGUCCAGUCCCAAAUUCAGAAGAUCAUUGUAAUUUCUACCAGUAUUCUGGUUCUGCGGCAAACUAUUCUGAGCGAGCAAAUGGCAGCAAACCCUGCAUAUGUCGAAAGCACGGUAUUGAGUUGUGAGAGAAAACUUUCUCAACUCCUGGACACCGUAGAGGAUGCAGGUAUUAAAGAAAUUGUUGAAAUACUCGGUAAACUAGCAGAUGGUGAUAAACCUGCCGACGCCACGAAACUUGGGACAAGGAAGAAUGUGAUGGCCAGUAUGUUAACCAAAAGCUUACAAGCCGGGGAUCCUAUUUUUAUCCGGGUGUCUCGUGCUGUAUAUUUGGCUGCAAGAGGAGUCAUCCUCGAGGGGAACGGGCCAUGUGGAAGAGAAUUGGCGGAAAGGGUGCUCCGGCAGGUGGGAGCAGCGGUUUUAACCGAUCGGCUGGCGGAAGCUGUGAUGGUGUUGGGGGUAGCAGCAAAUGUGUCUGUACAUGUUCAUUUGCCUUGGUAUGCACAGCUGACUAAGAACAUGUGAAGGGACAAAUAGUAACAACCUUGUACAUAUUAAUAAUAUUAGGUUUUGCUUAUAUUAUGUAGUGUAAUUUAAAUGGCAGAGGUGCAUAAAUUGAAUGGUGUGUACAAACAUGAAUAGAGGGGAGGUAGAAAAUGUAAAUUGUAUUUGAACUGGAUGAAAAGAAAUAAAUGCUCCUCUUCUAUUCUGA